AAUCGUGAAUAUUUACUAUUUGUUUGGAUUUUAAGUCAAAGCUAAGUUUCUACUAAAUGGCGGGAACAAAAGUUCUACGCUCGCUGUUACACGAGCUACGACUGGCCUCUCAGUCGCCUGGCAAAAUUAGAGACUCUCUGGCCGCCCGUUAUAUUCUGGCGCAGUAUAAGAAAUAUGAGACAACCGAUCAGCAGCUAUGCAAGGCACGCGACGAGGCAAUCUUCUUGGGCCAAACCUAUUUAACCUAUCUGAGCAGCCUGCGCAAAUACAACGAGCUAUACAAGGAGUAUCAUGGUAGUGGCGAGCGCACAGUUAAAGAAACGGCAGAUCUUGUUGGCUUCAAGCUGCCCACAGAUCCCAAGUGAUAUACGCUACUUACAUACAUAUGUAGAUGAAUUAUGCUGUGCUAAGUAAUAAAUAUUAAAGGAAAGAAA